AUGUGCACCCCCCUUGCUCUGCUCGCGUGCGCGUGGCGGCCCCCUCUCCGCGGCCAACCUCGGUUCGCCGCCCGUCCGGCCCAGCCGCAGCAGCCACCGACGGGCGGCGACGCAGCCGGCUACGAUCUCUGGUGGCGGAGCGACGCGACCGAGGUGGUGACGCCGAUGCGCCUCAAGGUGGACGGCGCCCUCCCAAAGUGGCUGCGUGGAUCGCUCGUCCGAGUCGGCCCGGGAAGCUUUGAGGUCGGCCGGCAACAGCUUCAGCACCAGAUAGACGGGCUCGCCAAGCUGACCAAGUACCGCGUCGACGGCGACGGCGUCCACUUUCAGUCGCGGAUGCUGCAGUCGCACCUCUACAACCGCACGCAGCUGGCGGCGCCGCCCUCCUCUCCGUGGGCGCUCUGGACCGAGCCAGCCCUCGUGACGAUGCUGCCCGUCGAGCCAACCUACACCCCCUGCCAGCGUGUCCGCGCCCUCCUCGAGGAGCCAGUGACGGACAACACCAACAUCUUCAUCGGCAGCACGGGCGGCGCAGUGCACGCCUCGUCCGACACGAGCGUGGCGAGCAACACCUUCGACCUCGAGACGCUGGCGAGCACGGGCCAUCUCAAGGUGGAGAUGGAGGCGCCGCGCCGCACCGCCGACACCGUGACUGGCGCGCACAAGCAGCGCGUGGUCAACGGCAGCGCGACAGUCGGGUGGGUCGGCCGCGUCGAGGUGCGGCAAGACAAGCUCUCGCUCUCCUCCACGGUGGUCUCCGUCUACCGCGACGACCCCUUGCCGGAGGCGGCGCCGGCGGCGGGCGGCGGCGCGGCCGCGCGGCGCCGCUUCCUCGGCCAGCUGCGUAUCCGCCUGUCCGAGCACGGCCUCCCGAUGAUCCACUCCUUCCAGGUGACCGAGCGGCACCUGAUCGGCUCGAAGCUCUUCGUCCUGAUGGAGCCGUUCGCCGGCGUCGAGACGCUGGGGUGGCGCGGCGAGCAGGAGACGACGGUCUACGUCAUGGACCUCGAGUCGACCUCCCCGACGGCGGGGCCAGUGCGGACCUUCGUCACCGACCCGAUGUACAUGAACCACCACAUCAACGCGUGGGAGUCGGACGGCGGCCGCAAGGACGGCUCGUUCCUCUCCAACCCGCGCGGCUUCGGCAACCUCGAGGCGGCCGUGCCGCACGACGAGUGGCCUCUGCCCGCCGCCGCCGCCAGCCGCCAGCCCGGAGGCUGCGAGGAGCUGCAUGUCGAGAUGCCCCGCUUCAACGACCGGCGGCACGGCGCGCCCUACCGGCGGCACGGCGCGCCCUACCGGUUCGUGUACAGCGUCGGCUCGCCCGACUCGGCGGCCACACACGUGAGUGGAAUCGUCAAGGUCGACUUGGGCCCUCCCCCCGCCGCAGAGCCUGCCGACUUUGGCCCUCCCUCCACCGCCCCCCCCGAGCCGGCCGCCGCGCGGUGUGUCUCGUGGUACCGCACAGCGCACUAUCCGAGCGAGCCAGUGUUUGUGCCGCGCCCCGGGGCGACGGCGGAGGACGACGGCGUCGUGCUCUCGGUGAUGCUCGACGGCGAGGCGCGCGCCUCGUACCUGCUCGUGCUCAACGCGACGACGAUGCGGACGAUGGCGACGGCCUACUCGCCCGUCGUCAUGCCGGCAGAUUUCCACGGCGAAUGGUUCGGCGAGGACAUCUAG